AUGUCUCAUAAUUCUCAAAUAAAUUACAAUUUUACUCAAGUCGGUAAAAAAGAUAAAAAAUCUAGUUUUGAUACUGUUUUAAUUGAAAAGUGGGAAAAAGCCAAAGAAAAUGGAGUGUUUCGCUAUGUAUUAAAUAUUCAAGAUUCAAAAAUGUUGGAUGGCAAAUAUCACUUUUUAAUCCAGUUGAAUAUUGAUCGUGGUCAGAAAAGGAGAUCUCCAGAAAAUAUUAUAUCAAUGAAUCAACCUUUUAAUGAAAAUAAUUUUAACUUUACAAAACUUAAGCCAGGAGAACAAAUAAUAGAUUUAAAUAAAGAUGAAGAUGAUAUAAUUGCAGUUAAUGUUAGUCCAUUAGAAUAUUGUCAUUCUUUGUUAUUGCCACAAAGAGAUAAACAACUACCUCAAGCUAUAACUAAAUAUAGCUUAUUUAAAGCUAUUGAAUUGUUCUCAUUAAGUUCUUCUUUGUAUCUCAGAGUGGUUUUUAAUAGUCUUUGUGCUCAUGCAUCUGUGAACCACUUACACUGGCAUCUAUACUAUUUAAAUUGGAAGAUGUUAUUGGAAUAUAUUGAUCUAAAAGAUUAUGCAGGACCUGUACAAAUAUUAGAAAAUUAUCCAGCAAAAGGAUUUUGUAUAAAAUAUUCUAACGUUUGUAAUAUAGAAAAUUUUGUUAAUUGGACAUUUUUAAUAAUAAACUAUUUGCAAAAUGCACAAAUAGCACACAAUGUUUAUAUUACAAGAGCAAAAUUAAAUAUUGAAGAAGAAUACAAAGAUUUACGGGUAUAUAUUUGGGCUAGGAAAUCCUAUAAAGGCACAAAAGUCAUGGAUGCUUUUAAUCCAGCAGCUUGUGAACUUUUUGGACAUUUGACAAUAACAUAAAUUCCGAGUAAUUUUUACUAUGGGCUAGUAGCUAUUCCGAGACUAUUUACAAUGGCGCGA